AUGGACAUUAAAGCAUAUAAUUCCAUCACGGGUUUGGAAAUGUUUCUCUGCAGUUGUAGAAUUUGGAUAGAGGAUACAAAUGGUUAUCGCAUAGCCGGUGACUCAAACUACCAUGAUUGUACUUACAAUACCCACGGCGAAGAAUAUACAAAUAUUAAUUUUCCAAACCAAACGUACUCAGUUCAUGCUAAAGUUCAAGGUAGUCUCAGGAAACAGAAAAUACGAGGACCUUUUAAUGAAAAUACCUGUUUUAGUAUACAUGGCAGUGUUGAUAAGUGGGGAUUUGAUCAAAAAUCUUGUUAA